AUGCCAGGAUCUUGCGAGCCGCGCAGUCUGCUCUCCAGAAGGUCAUACCUCAUCGCACUGCUGACAGUUGGAGUGCUAGUGGUUGUUUCAACAUGCGUGCCUAUGAUUAUUCGCGAUUGGAACGUUGUUCCACCGCAAUGCACGAUGGCGGAGUACCACUGGCCUGCCAAGCCCACUGCCCCGCCGCGGUACCACGGCCCGCCAGCCGAGUUCCCGGACCGCUACACCCUCAUCCUGAACUCCUACAAGCGGCCGCAGCUGCUGCAGCGAGCGGUAGCCCACUACGCGCAAUGCAGAGCCAUUGAUGCAAUCCGCGUGUCCCCCCGGGCUGCUCAGCUGUCCACGGAACCCACCCACCCCCGGUCGUCUCCUCACCCCGUCCUUCCCCCCACGCCCUGCCUGGGCCCCCUUCCUGCCUUGGCUGCGUGUGUCUGUGUGACUAUGUGCGUGUGGUGUGAGGACGGUUUGCCCCCCAACCGCGCUGAGGCCUCCGGGUACUACUCGGACAUCAAGGAGGUGCGGUACGACAUAGUGAGCAACUCCUCCCUUAACAACCGCUUCUGGCCGCUGGAAGGUCUCCGUACGGAAGCCGUACUCAGCUUGGAUGAUGACAUCGUGGCACCAUGUGAGGUGCUUGAGGAGCUGUUCGCGCUGCUGCUGUACCCGUUUGCUAUCGGCCUUAGCAAGCGCCUCUGCGACUGCUGCUGCUGCUGCGACUGCUGCCCGGGACGCUGCUGUGUUGUUGAUCCUCAUACUGCUCUGGGUGUGCGAGUGUGUUAUCUUGUUGUGCUAAUUGAGCAUGUUUCAUUUCAGGUUUGGCGCCGUGACCCGUACAACAUGGCGGGGUUCUAUCCGCGGCUGCACGUGCUGGACCAGAGGUGCAACUAUCGCUACCUCCAAGGUUUUGGCACGCUGUACUGGCACCGGAAGUACAGCUUGGUGCUGACUAAGGCGGCCAUGCUGCACAGAGAUUACCUAGAGUACUACACGAAUCACAUGGAUUACGAAAUACGGCGCCACGUGGAUGAGGCGCACAACUGCGAGGACCUGGCCAUGGCGCUGCUGGUUGGCUCGUCCAUCGGCCGCCCGCCCGCCUACGUGUUGCCGUACCACGUCAAGGAUCUGGGUAAGGGCCUAUUCAAGGUCAAGGGCAUCAGCUCCGGAACCAAGCACGGCGAGAUCCGGUCUCACUGUCUCAACGUGUUCUCCCAGUACUACGGGGCCGCACUGCCGCUGGCCAUUCGAGGGGUCCAUGACGCGCUGCCGGGGGAGCUGGGGGUUGGGGGGGUGAAGGGCGGAUCAGAGCGGCUCGAAUGA